ACAAACAUGGCGCGGCCCAAGGGAAAGCGUGGAAGAAAACAAACUACGAAAAAACGCAAGUUUUUCGCCGGUAAAACGAAUAAAAAGGAUAAAAAGCACAUAAAGCAGUUUGGAGAGAUUCAUCCAGCAGAUGAAGAGAGUGUCCCAAAGACAAAGUACAAAAAAGUUAAAGAUGAACCAUUGACUUCCUCUCUACAGGAACUUUCCAGUUCAAGCGAUGAGGAAGAGGAAGAAGUCAAUCCAUAUCAAGUUCUCAUGUCAACAAUGUCAAAAAAUAAAUCACUGAAAGACAAAGAAUUGUCAUCAGAAGAUGAAAUGUCUGGAGAUGAAACAUCGGAGGAUGAAAGCAAGACAGACACAGUCAAAGAACUGGAAGAGGAAAGAGAAACUGAGAGUGAAGAGGAAGGAAUAGAAGAAAGUACUUUUCAGAAAGAAAAGAAAAAUAUUAAGACACAUGAAAAAACAAGUACUCAAGAUGAUAUACAGUCAGAUAUAUCUGUUGAAGAGACUGAAGAGGAUGAAACUGGUAUUAGCACAGACUCGGAAGAAGAAUCAGAAGAGGAACAGGCAACUGAACAAAAUGUACCAGAUAGGAAAAGUGAUCCUUUUAACACACACUUGAGAGAUUUAGAUGAAGAGACAGUAAAGCUGCUAGAGGAAGGAAAGGGGAACAACAAGGAGGAAAUACAGCUUCCUGAGCUUGGUCAUUGUGUUUUCUCCUGGCAUGCCUGUAUACCAAAGUCAAUACCAGAGCCUAAUAAAGCUAAUCUUUAUGAAUUACAUGUGAAACAGAAGUUAUGUGAACAUUUGAAGGAGAUAAAUCCUAGAAUCUCACAUGAUUUAUCAGGAGACCUUACUCUCUUACAGAAGGAGUUGUUUUCUUUCAUCAAUGACUAUAAGGACGUGUACUAUCCUUGUCGCACACAUAUAAAUGGAGAGGCAGUACGACUGGUAUACUGUCUCCAUGUUCUCAAUCAUGUGCUGAAAACAAGAAGUCAUGUUAUUGCUCACAAUUCCAAAAUAAAGAGCAAGAAAGAGGAGAGUAUGGAUGAAUAUAGGGAUCAGGGCUUGACGCGACCAAAAGUACUAAUUUUAGUACCAUUUAGGGACAGUGCUCUGCGUAUUGUCAAUAUGUUCAUCAAACUUCUUAUGCCAAAAGAAGAGACUUUUGUCAGCAAUAAGAAGCGGUUCCAGUCAGAAUACAGUCAAGAUGAUGAAGACAUUAGAAAAGGAAAGAAACCAGAGGACUAUGAAGCUUUAUUUGCGGGAAACAUCGAUGAUCAUUUCCGUAUUGGAAUGGGUGUAGCAAGAAAAAGCUUGAAACUCUAUACUGAUUUCUACUCGUCUGAUAUCAUCAUUGCAUCUCCACUGGGUCUGAGGACACUCAUAGGAUCAGAGGGUGACAGUGACAGGGACUACGAUUUCUUAUCAUCCAUAGAAGUCCUGAUUAUGGACCAGUCUGAUGUAUUUCUCAUGCAAAAUUGGGAUCAUGUAUUGCAUAUUAUGUCCCAUAUCCAUCUACAACCUCAGGAUCCACAUGGUGUGGACUUUUCUAGAGUCCGUAUGUGGACACUAAAUGGAUGGUCAAGGUUUUAUCGCCAGACCCUUGUGUUCAGCUCCACUUCAACUCCGGAACUUAAUUCAUUAGUCAACAAGUACUGUCACAACUAUGCCGGUCAGUUAAUGGUCAGCCCAAGCAUUGGACGGGGAGUGAUAUGCCAAAUCAUAACCCAGUUACCACAGGUAUUUCACAGGAUAGAUUGUGAUAGUCAUAGUCAAUUAGCAGAUGCAAGGUUCAAUUUUUUCAUCAAAAAGGUCCUGCCCCAUCACCAAGACCCAGUGAUGUCCCAAACCUUAAUCUUCCUACCAAGCUACUUUGAUUAUGUCAGAUUAAGGAACCAUUUCAAGAAGGAAGAAGUAGAUAGCAUGUGCCUGUGCGAAUACAGUAGUGAUAGCGUUAUAUCGAGAGCCAGAAGUCUGUUUUACCAUGCCAGAAUUCAUUUUCUUCUGUACACGGAGAGGCUUCAUUUUUACAGAAGGUUUAUCAUCCGAGGAAUCCGCCACGUAAUUUUCUACGCACUGCCACAGUACUCCCAUUUUUACAGCGAACUAUGUAACAUGCUGCAGGAUCCUAAGCAAACCCAGAGGACAGAGGACGUGACCUGUACAGUUCUGUAUUCUAAAUAUGAAGCCCAUCGAUUGGCCGCAGUAGUGGGCAAGGAAAGAACGGGACACAUGCUGAGAACUGAUAAACCUGUGCACAUGUUUGUCACUGGGGAGACAACUUGAGAAGCUCGGGGUGUGGAUUUAGGCUAAAUUAACACUCAAGGGCCCAUUCCCCAU